AGAGAGCAUAGUGCACGAAGGCUGCUCCGACCCUUUCCCCAGCUUCGCCAAACCGGAUUAACAUUUUUGACGAACUGGGACGUUGUAGCGAUUACGAAAUGACCGUGCAGCGUUUGCCGUGCAGCUAGCGCUCAGGGAUUUUUUUCUUUUGCAGUAGAAAGGGAGAGAGCCGCUGUCGUCCGGUCUGCUUGCAAGUCUCUUCAGUUCUUGGCAGCAAGAAGAAGAAACACAAACAAUCCCAAAGAAACGGGUACUGAAGUGUAGUAUGGACUACGAAAGGCCCAACGUAGAAACAAUCAAGUGUGUGGUCGUUGGAGACAAUGCUGUGGGGAAGACACGCCUUAUUUGUGCCCGAGCCUGCAACACCACCUUGACCCAAUACCAGCUACUGGCCACCCACGUCCCAACCGUCUGGGCCAUCGAUCAGUACAGAGUCUGCCAAGAGGUCUUAGAGCGCUCCAGAGACGUGGUGGAUGAUGUCAGUGUGUCCCUCAGACUCUGGGACACUUUUGGAGAUCACCACAAGGACAGACGCUUCGCCUACGGCAGGUCUGACGUGGUGGUUCUGUGCUUUUCCAUCGCCAACCCCAACUCUCUCCAUCACGUCAAGACCAUGUGGUACCUGGAGAUCAAACACUUCUGCCCACGUACACCUGUCAUUCUUGUAGGAUGUCAGCUCGAUCUACGCUAUGCAGACUUGGAGGCUGUCAAUCGGGCUAGACGACCAUUAGCAAGGCCUAUAAAACCUGGAGACAUUUUGCCUCCAGAGCGUGGAAGGGAAGUGGCCAAAGAGCUGGGUAUUCCGUAUUAUGAAACAAGUGUCUUUGAUCAGUUUGGCAUUAAAGACGUCUUUGACAAUGCCAUCCGAGCCGCUCUCAUCUCCAGGCGGCACCUUCAGUUCUGGAAGUCCCAUCUGCGGAAGGUCCAGAAGCCCCUACUGCAGGCACCCUUCCUCCCCCCCAAAGCACCUCCACCAUUGAUCAAGAUCCCAGAUUGCCCCCCCAACAACCAUGAUGGCCCCAGGCAGCUUCUAGAGAACCCCCUCUGUGCUGAUGUCAUGUUCAUCAUUCAAGAGCAUAUCCAUGUGUUCGCCCACAAGAUAUACCUGUCUACCUCAUCCUCCAAGUUCUUCGACCUCUUCCAGAUGGACUUCUGUGACGAGUCCCAGUGUUUGGUGGUGACAGAGCGGCAUGGGCGGGACCAGCUGAUGCGGACCCUCAGCCUGGACACGGAGGAAGACGUGGCUGUGUUGCCCAAUCUUUCACCUUGUUCUCUACGCACCUCCAAGAGUGAUGGAACUCUGAAGAUAAUGAGCUUCAGCGGGAGACACCGUCGCACUAAGUUGUCCCUGGCAUCUUGGAGUAAAGCGUUCUACAGCAUCCACAGAGAAACCGUGGUCAACCCAGUGACAGGUACUCCAGCUCCAAUGACAGUGGUGAAGAUGGACCACUCCAUCCAGCUGGGGCCAUUCAGUGCAGUGCUGCGGUUUCUAUACACGGGGGAGCUAGACGAGAAGGAGAAGGACCUGAUGAAGAUCGCCCAGAUCGCUGAGAUACUGGAAGUCUUUGACCUGAGGAUGAUGGUGGAGAACAUCAUGAACAAAGAGGGCUUCAUGAAUCAGGAGAUCACGAAAGCAUUCCAUGUGAGAAAAGCCAACAGGAUCAAGGAAUGUCUGGCCAAGAACAAUUUUACAGAUGUUGUGUUCAGGUUGGAUGAUGGCACCAUCAAUGCACAUAAGCCUUUGCUGAUCUCCAGCUGUGACUGGAUGGCUGCUCUGUUUGGAGGCUCAUUCAUUGAGAGUGCAAACAAUGAGGUCUCCUUCCCCAACACCAGCAGGGUGUGUAUGCAGGCAGUGCUGGAGUACCUCUACACCAAUCAGCUGUCGCCCAUGGCCGACCUGGACCCAAUGGAGUUAAUCGCUCUGGCAAACAGACUGUGCCUUCCCCGCCUCAUCGCCCUGACAGAGCAAUAUGCAGUGAGUGAGUUGUUGAAGGCCUUUAAGGACGGACAAGACAUAGACGGCGAAGUUCUCACCUAUCUGGAGCUUGCUCAGUUCCAUAACGCCAACCAACUUGCUGCCUGGUGCUUGCAUCACAUCUGCACUAAUUACAACAGUAUAUGUGCCAUUUACCGCAAAGAGAUCAAGUCCAAAUUACCAGAGAACCAGGAGUACUUUGAGAAGCACCGCUGGCCUCCAGUCUGGUACCUGAAAGAGGAAGACCACUACCAGAGGGUGAAGAAGGAGAGGGAGAAGGAGGAUGUGGUUCUGAACAAGCAUCACUCACGCCGCCGCUGGUGCUUCUGGAGCACCUCUCCUGCAGUGGCCUGAGAGAGAAAGACAGCACCUCCCUCAGGGCCAUCCUGCUAACGCUAGCGUUCUCUGUCUUAAUGUUCAGAUGAUGUAUCUGACAAUGCAAUGUCAUAUUUUUUUUUUACUUAUACGUAAUAGGUCAGGCAGACGUCCAAAAAGUUCAAAGCACAAUCAGUGUCGAAAUAGUAGAAAUGUAUAGGCUGUUGUCUAGUGAAACUCAGUGAUGAGGAUGGUUUGAUAAUAAGGGUUGUAAUCAUAGUAAUUAUAAUAAUAUGUUUGCAUCACAGCGAUCACUAGAUUACUAGACACAGUAAACAGAAACAAAUUUCCACUGUUCCUUUCUACAUAGCUCUAGGUACAAAGGGUUUCUGCAGUUAUCCAAGUGCUAAAUUCCUAUGCUACUAAUCCUGACAAACUCACACUUGAAUUUAACGGUAGCCUAGUAGAAGCAGCAUUAUAGAAGAUUCACAUUUAGAUAACACUGUCGAUAAACUACCUUCUAUGUUAAUGUUUGCCGGCACUUGUGACCUCAAAGAUGGCGCAAGCUGUCAGCGUGGCAGGGAAAGCGUUUGCUGUCGACUCAUAAGCUAACUCAGCCGUAAUCUGUGUGCAUCGUGAGCGUCUGAGUUCAUAGCAGCUCCCUUUUGGUACCAGCCCUGUGUGAAACAUCAGGUACAUCAAUGCAAUAACUCAUUUGGUGUAUUUUAACAAGGGCCAAAUCACACCAGUGGACACCUACCCUCCUCGUGCCAGGGAACACUACAGCUCACCACAGCUAGUCCUGUAUUUUUCUACAGCCUCUUCCUUUCCUUUAGCAUAGCGCAGCGUAAACAGCUGUGGUCAAAUGAAAAGUUCACUCUUGUAUUAGAAGGGCUUAGCACUAUGGCUUAGUUCAGGGUUUACUUGAAAACUAACAAACCUUAACCAACAGACGUAACAAUCCAUAACCACCAAUCACAUAUACCUUCACCGUGAUUGUGCUAGAAGUUACGUAUACUGUAGUGGAUUGUAACUUUAUUUACACAUCAAAGAUUGUCAUAGUUGUUAAAGGUUAACGUUAUUGGGGAUCUCCUCAUCAGUUUUAGGAUAAAUAUGUAUGAUGAAUGUAAACAUGCUAAAUUCUGCAGAUGAAGAAUGCUGAGGAGUUCUCCGGCUCAUAGUUAGUGUUGGUCAGUAUACUCUUGGUAUAUGUACUCUGCUGUUAAGAACACGUGGGUGUUUGUGUACAAUGCACCUGAUCAUUGUUAAUGUAUCUCGAAAGAGGCAAGACAGGUGGUUUAACUUGCCUAUGGAUAAAGGGGAAACUUAAUACUUGAAUAAUAGAAUGUUUUUUUUUGUUUUUAGCCAUGUAGGUUGUCUUUAGUUGUCCAAAAUAAUAAGUAGAUAAUGAUGCUCACUAGUACAAUGUGAUCGUUCUUUCUCAGUGAUAUUGGCAGAAUUGGUGUUGACUAUCGUUAGCUGCUACAGACCAAGUGGCUGGUUCAUUUGGUUCUUGCUGUCAAAGGCCUUUGAUCUUGCUGGUCAUUAUCUUUAAUGUUAGUUGUUUGUUUAUUUAUGUAUGUAUGUAUUUAUUUAUUAUUUAUUUAUUUUAUAAACAGAAUGUUCUUUAAUAAAUUAUCGACUUACUUAUGCA